UUGAAGUUGAAAUUCUUAGGUUCGGCAAAACUGUCGGUGUAUUUGAAUUUGGUAUUGCGCUUAUCAUUAUUUUGAUAUUUAAGAUUUUGACAAUGGAAGUUUAUGAAUUUGAUAAAUGUUUACUUCACCGUUUGGAAGAAUCUAUGAAUGUUUUAUCGUGGAAAGAUAAAGGUUUUCCCGCGUCCCAAGUUCGUUCCGAAUGGUCGUAUUACAUUGAACUCCAAAUCGAGCCAGCAGGUUGGCAAGCACUUUGGAAGAUGCCUCGGGUGAUAUGCGAGGAGUCAUAUAUUCGUUAUCCAACUGUAGUAUUUGGUUACGUCGAGCAAGUACUUUUCAAAGAUUUAAAAGCCAUAUUCAUAAUACAAGCAGUUCAGGAUGAAGAAAUUCACUUGCCGGAAAGGCACGAAGUUUUCCUACAGGAUCUCUGGCCGACGAAGGAACAGGAAAAUUCCGAGUUGAACAUAGAACGAACGGCUGAUUGUGUUGAUCGUUUACGUUUCUUUUAUACACAUGUUUGGAUGCCUUGGGACAACGAUAAUGAUGACGAUCUGAAUUGGGUAGAAAAGCAUUUAGAGUCUCGCAUUCGGUUUUGCUAUGAUUUGCGUAAACGAACUUUGAAAAAACCAUUGGUUACUCAUGUGCGUAAUUUGCUUGCCGAAUCUAAAUAUUUACAGCAACGCCGGGAGUACCUAGAAUUAGGAUUGUCCGAUGAAGAUGAAGAGAACCUCGAAGAAACCAUAGGCAAAACGGAGGUGACGGAUCUUAUGAGAUUUCAUUUACGUUUAGCUAUGAUUCGCAACGAAAUAGAGUUACUAGAGAACCCUGAAACACGUCGAAUAUAUGAAGAAAUAUUAUUCCCAGAAGAAAAAUAUUUGAAAGACCUGGAAAAUUCUGGUGCAAUAACGGAGAAGAAGGGCGAUAAAGUAUUUUUUGUAAUGACACCGUAUACAUUGGAUGAACAAAUAGGUCUAAUGCAGAUUGCUAAGAAAAGCAUUCCAAAAAGUGCCUUGGUACAAAAUGUUCCUACACUACAGGAUGUUUUAAGCAGAUAUGUUUAUGACUGCAUAUAUCUUGCUCCGGGUCGCCAUACGUUGAAAUUUCUGGAAAAUAUGAAUGAGAGCGGUAAAAUUUCCGGACUUCAAGUUGCUAAGCAAAAGCUUACUAGUUCUUUGGAUUAUUUUUCAAAAGAAAAUGUUAUAAUAUCUUCAUUAGACGAUGAAAGCACCCUCUUUGUUUUCGAUGGUUCCUUUACCCUUGAGAAUAUUGUCUUAGAUUGCUGUAAUGUGCGUUCUGGGAUUUUGGUCAAAAGCGGUACUGUGUGCCUCCGUAAUUGUGUUCUAAUAGGGGAUGGAAAGACCAGUACGCAACAGGGUAUUAUAUGCAAUUCAGGGUCUUCCGUAAUUCUGGAAGAAUGUAUCAUUGAACGAUUUGCAACCGGAAUAACUGUAUUGGAUCAAGCUGUGCUGCAUUUAAAUAAUACAAGUGUCAUAAAUUGUCAAAUUGGAACCGAUUUGAGCAUUAAUUCAAAUUCACAUUUCAAUCAUUCAAAAAUAACGAAUUCUCAAAAAUAUGGGAUAUAUGUGGCGACAGAUUUUAAGGAGCAAAACAUCAAAACCUCACAUAAAAUAUUAUCUAGUUUAAAGGAAUGGCAAAACUAUUUUAACACAAUUCCACCUUUUAUUGGAGAAUGUGAAUUUAAAGGUUGCAAAGACAAUAUAUUUGCGCUAAAUAUAGGAAAUUCGCUUGUUUCAAUGAAUGCUUUAAACUAUUUAGGACAUAACGAUAAUUUAUUUGAAAGUCCCAAUGAAUGAAUCUGAAGGAACAAUAAUAACAGUAAACUAAGUUCAGCUGUAAAAUUAAGUUUUAAUUUAAAAUGUUAAGUAACCUAGA